CUCUUAAUAAGUGCUUGUCCGAUAUCUAGUUUCCGUGCUUCUUCCUUUCCUGAAAACUUUUCUACGAAUCAAGUAAAUGCCAAAGAACUAUCCUUAAUCAUCUAUCCUUCAAAUCGCAGUAGUCGUAGAACAAUACAUCGUAGGACAGCUACGCAUCGAAUUUACUUUUCCAAGAAAAGGUUGCACUUUUAAGUUACUUCGCAAAAUGGAUACCAAGGGUCGGCACAUAAUUGUCUGUGAUAAUGGCACAGGAUCUGUAAAGUGCGGACUUGCCGGCAGCAAUUUGCCCGCGCACAUCUUUCCCUCGAUAGUGGGGCGUCCUAUUCUCCGGGCGAUGAAUACUUGCGAUGCGAAUGGCGUGCAGAUGGAUGAUGUGAUGGUCGGCGAUGAGGCACUCAAGCUGCGGUCAUUGCUAGCGGUUUCCCAUCCCAUGGAGAAUGGUAUAAUCCGUAACUGGGAGGACAUGUGCCAUGUGUGGGACUAUACAUUUGGCCCAAAGAAGAUGAACAUCGAACCGGCAAACUCGAAGAUACUGCUGGCCGAGCCGCCCAUGAUCCCCACGAGGUAUCGGGAGAAGAUGAUGGAGGUGAUGUUUGAGCAUUACGGCUUCGAUGCCACGUAUUUGGCCUCACAGGCGGUGCUCACGCUGUACGGCCAGGGUCUGACUACGGGCGCGGUGAUCGAUGCCGGGGAUGGUGUCACGAACAUUUGUGCUGUCUACGAGGAGGCUGCCCUGCCACAUUUGACGAAGCGAUUGAAUGUUUGCGGCCGUGAUAUCACGCGGCGUCUGGUCAAGUUGCUUAUGCAACGCGGCUACGCGUUGAAUAAUUCGGCGGACUUUGAAACGGUGCGACUGAUGAAGGAAAAACUCUGCUACGUUGGCUACGACAUCGAGCAGGAGAAACGGCUGGCCGAGGACACCACAGCGCUGGUGGAGUCCUAUACGUUGCCCGAUGGUCGAGUGAUCAAGAUCGGCGGCGAGCGUUUCGAGGCGCCCGAGGCUUUCUUCCAACCGCAUUUGAUCGAUGUCGAGGCCGCCGGCCUUUCUGAAAUGGCCUUCAAUGUGAUUCAAGCUGCGGACAUCGACAUACGUCCGCAGCUGUUCCGGCAUAUCGUGUUGUCUGGGGGAUCCACCAUGUUUCCGGGAUUUCCCAGUCGACUGGAGAACGACUUGAAGAAAUUGUUCUUAGAGCGAGUGCUCCAACGCGAUGCGGAAAAUAUGCCGAAAUUUAAGAUACGAAUUAAGGAUCCACCCACACGCAAGAAUAAUGUCUUCAAUGGUGGCUCUGUUCUGGCCAAUGUCACUAAGGAUCGUGAUGACUUUUGGAUGUCCAAAGAGGAGUACGAGGAGCAGGGUCUUAAAGUGCUGGACAAGCUAAAGCAGAAAUCCAAAAAGAAGGAGAAAUAUGAAACAGAUGAGGGGUAGUCAUAAUAAAUGUUCAUUGCUUCAUUUCAA